GCAGAUUUGCACUGAGAGUGAGAGGAGAUGAAGUGCUUUUAAAUUCCGCAAGAGCCACUACCUUGUCUGGAGAAUAGGAGCUUCUCAAUAUUACAAUGUCUCUGGGCUGUGGAUAUACAGACAUGGUUCAUCCGGUGAGCUGCCUGAUCAAUAUUUGAGGUGAAGAAAUCAAUGUUGACUGUUUCUGAGCAACACCUAUUGGGAAGCACUCUGGGAUUGACUGCUGGGCUGCAGAACUUCACAUCUUAAAAUGUCAGAUCACGAGGACUUAAGUAAAGCCACGGGACACUGGAACGCCUCCGAGAGCUACCAGCUCAACCCAGCCAGUGUCAUUGUCUCUGUGGUCUUCUCACUCAUCUUCCUUCUGGGGACCAUUGGGAACAGCCUGGUACUGGCUGUUCUCCUCAGAAGUGGGCAAGUCGGAUACAACACCACUAAUCUGUUCAUCCUCAACCUCAGCGUUGCUGAUUUCUUUUUCAUUAUCUUCUGUGUGCCUUUCCAAGCCACCAUCUACUCUCUGGAGGGUUGGGUGUUCGGGUCCUUCAUGUGCAAGGUGGUUCACUUCUUCAUCAACCUCACCAUGUAUGCUAGCAGCUUCACCCUGGCUGCGGUCUCGGUUGACAGGUAUUUGGCCAUUCGUUACCCCCUGCGCUCCAGAGAAUUGCGAACGCCAUGCAACGCAGUAGUUGCAAUGGUAGUAAUUUGGGGACUGUCUCUUGUUUUUGCUGGGCCUUACUUGAGUUAUUACGACCUCAUCGAUUUUGAAAACAGCAAUGUGUGUGUGCCUGGCUGGGAGGAACAUAACCGUAAAGUCCUGGACACCUGCACUUUCAUUUUCGGCUAUGUCAUCCCAGUGCUUAUCGUAAGCCUGUCCUAUACACGCACCAUCAAGUACCUCUGGACAGCCGUUGAUCCUCUGGAUGGCAUGUCUGAGUCGAAACGAGCCAAGCGCAAAGUCACCAAAAUGAUCAUCAUAGUCACAGUGCUCUUUUGUAUCUGUUGGCUACCAUACCAUGUGGUCAUUUUGUGCUACCUCUAUGGAGACUUCCCCUUCAACCAGACCACGUAUGCUUUUAGGCUGCUGUCCCACUGCAUGGCCUAUGCAAACUCCUGCCUCAACCCGAUUGUUUACGCCUUGGUGUCGAAACACUUUCGCAAGGGCUUUAAGAAGGUGUUCAGCUGCAUCCUCAGCAAAAAGGGACGUAAUAAGGUGCAUGUGGUCCAUGUGGCGAACACUGUUCCUGGCUUUGAAGCUGGCUCCACUGAAGUGUCUCAGAUGAAUGAAGAAAAUGCCAGGCAGAACGAGAGUGAAACGGUCAACCAACCACUAAAGGAGUCGCAGGACACAACUAUGACUAUAACGUUACCCUUCCAGAACCAGCCCUGAAAAUACGGAGAAUGGCUAAUGAUUCCUUACAGAAAGCCUUAUUAAAAACUCAAACAGAGCCAGUGGAUUGCAGCUGCUUUAAUCAACAUCACAUUGGUUUUUCAUUGACUGAGCAAUUAAGGACAGCAGAGACCUUAUUUAUUUAAGAUUAAAAUCUCUUAAUUUUGUUCCUGUACAAAAAUACUCCUUUUGGUUUUGCUUGGUUCUUUUUGGUAUUAAUGCAGGAAUUAGUCUGAUUUAUGAGCACUUAUUUAGGCAAUAAGCUGCAUUGUUUGUUUGGUUUUAUGGAAGUGUUACCUUUGAAGCAUGAUUCAAUUUAAUGCUGUGAUGACUAUUCUCCUGUGAAAAUUUGUUACCAAUUAUCAUGCAUAACACACUUUAAUAUGUUAAGAGCCUUGUAUCUUUAUUUGAGCAAAGCUUUGUAUUUCCUACAAUGCUUCAGAAUAUGAUUAUGAUGCUCAGCUUAGCUUAACAAGCACUUUUAAAAAUAUGCUUUCUUUAAGUGUGUUCUUGCUCUUACUUCUAUUUCUAGGCCAUGUUAUUUUAUGCUCUUUAAGAAUGUCUAGAAACUUGUUUAUCAUUAAGUUUUAUAUCAAUAACACUUCAUAUUUCACAGUAUUGCUUAGUAAUCCUUCUCCAACCUUUAUGUCAUACAACAGUCAUGUAACAGUCAUAUUAA